AUGUCAACCAUAGCCAGUCCCCGCGAGGCCUCCGUCAAUGGCCGACGUGUCCCUCUCAUCUCAACACCCACCUCCUCCUCGCGGCCGAGUCUAGAUGGCAUCCGUUCCUCAGACGCAUCACCCAACCGUGCUGCCUCCGCACAACCAAAACGCGCGAACCGGACGGCUCUCAGAGAAUACUACAACCUGAAAAAAGACUCCGCCUUACCCUCUCCCACCAACGCCAACGAGGUGCUCUCCUCAUCGUCCUCAAUCCAUGACUCUUACCCGAGCGAUAUUCCCUCCUCCGAGCUCGACAGCCCAUCCUUCGAUAGCCAAUUAUACAUCAAACAUGUCCUAGAAACACAAAGCCUCUCCGAGUUAUUAGGCACGUAUAAUGGUAUCCUAACGGAUAUCCGGGCUCUAGAUGCGGAGAAGAAAGCCCUGGUCUAUGAUAAUUAUAGUAAGCUUAUCAAGGCGACGGAAACUAUUCGGAAGAUGAGGGACAAUAUGCAGGAGAAGGGCACUGGGGCCGGGAUGCUGGAUUUGGCGAUUGAAGGUAUUUAUGAGCGGGCUGAGGGGAUUAGGGGGCAUUUGAGAGACUCGCUAGAAAAGGGGGCCGGGGAAGAGGAACAGAGGAGGAGGGAUGUGGUGAGGCGUGUUUUGGAUAUACCUGAAAAGGUUAGAUUGUUAGUUGAUGAUGGGAAGACGGAGGAGGCCGUAAGGGUGUGGGAGCCUACGUUAAAGGUGUUAGAGAGGUGGAAGGAAAGGGGUGUAGGUGGGACAGAUGUACAAGAUUGUAUCGAUGACGGAGAAGCUGCUUUGCGGGGCGAGCCAGCGAGAGAGAAGAGUUGGAUCAACAUAAAGAGUCAGCAAGAAUUAAAACCAUGA